AAAUAGGGGAAUUAUAUGACACGACGAAAUUUCCAACCAAUAUGGCUCUCCAACAAAUUGCUCAACUUAAAAACCAUCCUAACCUAACCUAGAAUGGAUACCUUAAUUAGCAGGAACUGGCUCGUAAUGUGCUAGCGGGGGUCGCACAUUGGUUGAAAAUGCAACAAUACCCAUGACUUGUCUAGACCACCCAAGUCCUUCAUCAACAUGGGUACACCAGACGAUGCAGAAUGAUAGGGAUGAAAUUUACAGACAAAAGUGUGAUGAGGUAUAUCUGAAAAUGAAUUUGAAAUAGAUACCCAGGUGCUCGAUCUCCUUCAAUUACACUUUUUAUGCUGCUAAUAUAUGGAACUGCUUAAAGAUUUGGAUAAAAGUUAAAAAGGUCUUAUUCUUAAAUGUCAAGUUUUUGGAAGGGCCAUUCACUCAUUGGCAAGAAUAGGAGAAGAGUUAUAUGUUGAGCCAUAUCCAACAGGCCUGUUUAAAUGUGUUCAAAUCACUUGUCACAUUGGUACGAAGUGUAGAGCGAAGCAAAUUGUUUCUGGAUGGAGAAGAGGCUAAGCUAGGAAUCCAGUUCAUAUGCAAAUAUGGAAUUGUCAAAAGUUACAAUUUGCCAUUCAUCGAGUGUGAAACUUUACACGCUGCGUAUGAUAAAACCUCGUGCACCAAUUACAUUAAGAGUCAAGCUCAGGUGCUAAGUAAGGCAGUCAUUAACUUCCAAUCAAACCAAGAGGAAGUUACCCUCUGUGUCUCCUCCAACAAAAUUGUCAUCAGGACCUUUGUUGAUGAUGUACCUGACCCUGGUAAGGCAAUUCACACAGAAUUGACACUUGAAGCAGGGGAGUUUGACAGUUACAAUAUACCUGAUGAUUGUGAGGUCACGUUCUGCCUGAAGGAGCUGAGGGCAAUUCUGGCGUUUGCUGAACCUAUCAACCUUUCUGUUGCAUCAUAUUUCACUGAACCAGGGAACCCAAUCAUAUUUGCUGUUGACAACCAUCCAAUGUUUGAAAGUACAUUUGUCCUUGCAACAAUGGCACCGAAAUCAAACACUCAGGCCUCACGGAACAAAGCUACAGAUAAGCACACAUCAAAACCAGGAAACGGUCAACGAAGUUCUGCAUCACCCUCAUGUUCACAAGCAGCCUCUUGGAUGAAAACACCAAUGCCUUCUACCAGUGGUCUGAAGCAGGCUAAUUCCUCUACUGUCAGAAGAUCAGAGCAAAUUACUAAUAUUUCUAAUAGGUUUGAUGAAAGUAGAGCACGUUUAUCAUCACCUCACAAUUCUUCAACUCGUGGAAAUCACAACCCCCAACUGGGUAAUGGGUCGGCACGUCAUCUGUCCACACAGCCAGUCACACACACAAACAAUGUUAAUGCAUCCCAGCUUGAGAUAUCUCUACCGAACCUUGAUGUAGUUAAUAAGGUUACAGAAGAAGAGGACGUCAUACCUGGGACUCCACCCUCCAAGAGGGCAAAAUUUUUCUUUCGUCGGUGCUUUGAGUCCACAUUUGACCCUACAACAGUACCUGGACAUGACAGGAUUUUAGCAUCUGACUCAGAUGAUGACUCCUGAGGAAAUCAUCAUAUAAGUCAUUGGUGAGAACUCUUGCCUAAAACAAAGUGCCUAGUGAUGACAAUUCCCGAGUGCAAUGUUAUUUGCAUUAAUGACACCUUAAUGAAAUGAAGUGUAUGAAAAGUCACUUGAAAAAAGUAUAUUACAGUACAGUAUUUUGGAAGUGAUAGUGAUUCAUAAAUGAGGCACACUGUUAAUUGAUAGUGAGGACUUAUGAUUAAAGCAUCUUGUUUGUAAUACUAUGGAAAGGCCUUAGAUCAGUGGUUCUUAAAUUGGGGGGCGUCAGAAGAUUCCAAGGGGGACGCGAGCGGUCAAAGAGAAAAGUCUGGUCAGGAACCGAACGCGUCUUUGUACACGAUUGCUCAUCCCUCCCACUCUAUAAUAACCAAGGGUUGCAUGGGGGGGGGGUGUCUAGGACUUAUGCAGAGGGGGGGCACGAGGCAAAAAAGUUAAGAACCACUGCCUUAGAUGAUUAUCAUGCUCAUGGACAACAACUUAGUUGGUUGUAUGUUGACAGGAUAAAUAGAUUUUUGAUGGACAACAUAAAGUUCAAAAGCAGAUUCAUAUGAUACAUUCUGCAUAAACCAUUAAAUUCUGUCUUGGAUUUACUAUGUAAAUCUAAGCCAUAAAAGCAGCCUUUGUAAGAAGAAUGUCUCAAACCAGUGAAAAGAACUAAGAUAUUAAAUAAAUGCUUACUAUCUAUACAGUACUGCUGUCUUUUUUUUUUAUUCGUAGCAAUAUGUUGAAAAAAUUUGGAUUAAGACUUUAUAAAUGAUAAUAGAGAUAUACUCUACAGUACUUUGUUUUAUUCUUAGUUUUCACGAAUUUGAUAUUUUUGAGAAACUUGUUAUUUUCAUGUAAUGAUGGAGGCUCUGAGGGGAGGGUAUCAAAAGGAAUGUAUGGUUGGCUAGAAGUUCAGGGAAAUUGUAACUUAAUUAUACCAAGGAAAGAUGACUUAAGGAAAAGUGUUUGAUAAAAUUACAGUUUAUAGAUGACCUAAUAAAUAGCUCUGGAUUUUCUAUUUUAUAUGUAAAAAAAUUUCUUUAAAGUACAGUGUAUUUGUAAUAUUAUUGAUUUAAAACUGAUAUAACAUACUAAUAUUUUGAAUAGGGAAAUAGGUUGAGGCUAGAUUGGGGAGAAAUGAGGAGUUGCAUGAAUGAUAAAAAUUUUGUGGAGAGAAAAGUUAGUGAGUACAUCUCAAUAGAGAAAUUCCUUUAAAAUGCUUUAUCUUUCAAGAGUAUUUUGUACAAGUGGUUAUCCAGAUGUUUCAAUAACUAUACAUGUUUGCUCACUUUUAUCAUUAGAUUUUUUUUUUUUUAAACUUUUUGAGUACAAUGUCAACUCCCAGGGUACAGAUCAGCCUGUAUAAUUAGAUCUUUUAACUCAGUGAGUACAAUAUCUCGACCUUUUCAAUACGAAGACCAGUUCCCAUGAGAAUAGUGAUAUUAAAGGGUUAAGUUAACAUACUCAAGGGUUUGAAUGUUGCAUUAGGUGUGGAAAAAGAGCAUGUUGCCUGUUCAUAGAUAUGUGGUAUUUGAGUUGUGUGGAUAACGGUAAGGGUUGUGAAGGUUAUGUAUACUGUAAUUCACCUUCAGUUACAGUAUUGUUUAUAAUAAAACAAUGGACACUGUCUGUAAAUGUAUUGGAUCUGCUGUUUAAAAAGCAAGAGCAAAUGAUAAAGAAUCACAUAUACUGUACUGUAUUGGAUUGUCGAACUACAUUUUUUGUGAAAUUUACUUAGCAACGGAUAUUACCUGCUGGCAAAAAGAAGUACAGUAGUGUAAUAACAGUGAAUCAACAGAUAUUUGAGUGUUCAGAAAUGUCACACUACCUUUACAGGGAAUAUAUUUGCUCUUACAAUACAUUGGUAUUUAAUGCUAAUGUCAUUUUUUUUAACCAUGUUAAAGUUAAAAUCUUCUCAUGGUCAUGUUGGAGUAAGUACUUUACAGGUACAGUACUGUAAAAAGAAAAAAGAAAAAAAGGAUGGGCCAUCAUCAUCCUGUACAAGUUUCUGAAUAAGUUGGGGAGAUGUGUACUUUUUGUUCAUGUUCUCUAGUUGUCAAUCAUUUUGUUCAUACACAUAUACAGUAUGUGUAAUAUAAACCAAAAUUGCUGCCCCACAAACUUUGUUUAUCCCAGUGUGAAUUUAUAUAUGCAGUAUUGAAUAGCAUAUCUUUGUUCUUGAUGAAGAAUUUUCAUGUGUCUAUUUUAUUUUUUUAUUUCUCUUUGUACCAGUAAAUUGUUUAAUUGUUUUUAUGCUGAUGUCUACAUUUUUGGAGAGGUACCAAUGUUGAGAUAAGAGAGCAGUAUUACUUUGAUAUAUUUGUAGUUUAUGGAAAAGAGGUAUCAUUUCCUCAAGAAAUUGAUAUACUAUAGGUUCCUAUAAACUUAAAAGCAUGAAAAUGUAAUAGGUUACCAUAUGUAAAUAGUGAUUUAGUAUUUGUUCUUCCAUUUUCCCACAAUUAACAAAGUAAUUUGUCUGUGAUAUGUACUUUAAGCCCAAUCGUCCAGUGACUGGCAGAUAGAUAUUCAUGUAAAUUAUGUAUUUUUACAUAAAAAAGGAGAAAUGUU